UUGCGUAUAUAGGGUUUAGAGUCAGUACGCGGAGUGCGUUCGGUGCAUCUGCACUAAGCGAGUGUGUGGAAAUCGGAGGAAUUUAUACACGCGCAAUGUCAAGGACUAAACUGACCACGGAUCACAGUAGCCGUCGCACGACGAUAUCGUGCUCCUCUUAGGAAACAAAUACGGCGUCGAAUAAUUACAUAACCGCCUGAUCUAGGUCUUUGACCCUGAAUCUAGACUGUCCACGUGCCGCAUCAGCGCGCAGGGAACGCACGAGAUCACGAUGUAACGUGAACAAACGUUGAUGCUCGUUGCCAAUUAUUCUCUCGGGAAUAUUACAAGCAUCGAUGAAAAGUCGCCGCUGGUUGGUGCUGCCAAAACGAAAGAAUGAAGGAAGAGGAGAAUAAGGUGUUGGACGAGGAACAGUGGAAGCUCGAAGCUCAGGCUGUCAUCAAUGACGUGAAACAACAUGUAACGGAUAUCAAGCUGUCGGAGGUAUUGCGAAGCACGAAUCAGUUCAUCUAUUUGAAUCUGACGACAUUGGAGGGUCUGAAGUUCUGCGUAGAGCUGUCGGGCGCUGGAUUCACCAUCGUCGGUAACCAGCACGACGACAAAUCGAACGUUGGAAACCAACGUUUUGAAACGCCCUAUAGUUUAUUAGACUCCGUCAGCCCCCAGUACCGAAACUCCUUUGGCAAUUGUCUUCUCGACAAACUGCAGAAACUGAGCGACGAACAGUGAGCAAGCUUUCAACGGUACUCGUUAACUGGU